CCUCUCCUUAGCGCUGCCUUCCCCUCUCCCCCUGCCGCAGGCUGCAGAAUGGGACACGCUUGUUCCCCAGCCAGCCGGCAGCUGUCACACAGCGGAGGCAGCCAGCAGCCGGUGCAAAGAGCGAGCCUACUCUGUCAUUUAGGAUGACUCAUUGGAAUCUGGCAUUAAUUUCUCUUUUUCUGGUAGUGGACGGAGAACAACCAAAAAGCUACACUGGACUAGAGCAAGGGGAAGGAGGCAAGACACAUGACAAAAAUCAUAGAGUGAAAUAGCUAGAAGUCCAUCCACUGGGAAAGGCUGGAUGGCAGAACCACUGUGCAAUGCUGCUGUAAAGAAAUGCAAAGAAACUAUGCCCCAGACACCAAUAUUUUCCAGCAUGCUUGGUUCCAGUUGUAGUGGACAAGUGCAGCCAGAUAUGGGAGAAAGGUGUGUGGACCCUGUUUAUCAGGAUGGCAACCUUGUUUCUGGAUCACUGGAGGCCUUGAUAGAGCACCUGGUGCCCACUAUGGACUAUUAUCCAGAUAGGACUUACAUCUUCACUUUCCUGCUGAGCUCACGAGUCUUCAUUCACCCACAUGAGCUCCUGGCUAAAGUAGGGCAGAUCUGCAUUAAACAGAAGCAGCAGCUAGAAGCGGGGACUGAGGCAGAAAAGGCAAAGCUGAAAUCCUUUGCUGCCAAAAUCAUUCAGCUCUUGAAGGAAUGGACUGAAACUUUUCCCUAUGAUUUCCAAGAUGAAAAAUCCAUGAAGGAGUUGAAGGAGAUUGCUCACAGGAUCACACAAUGUGAUGAGGAAAAUGGAACCAUGAAAAAGAUCAUUAGCCAGAUGACACAAACUCUCCUGAUGGCCCUCUCUGCACGGAGCCAGUAUCAGGAAAUCAGAGAGAAAUUCCGACAACCUGUUACCGACAAAGGCACCAUCCUCAAAACCAAGCCACAGUCAACUCAAAAGGACAUCCUGAGCGUGUGCUGUGACCCUCUGAUCUUGGCACAGCAGCUGACCUAUAUUGAAUUGGAAAGGGUCAGCAACAUCUACCCAGAGGACCUGAUGCAGAUUGUCAGCCACAUGGACUCCCUGGAUAAUCACAAGUGCCGAGGUGAUGUGACCAAAACCUAUAAUUUGGAAGCUUAUGACAAUUGGUUCAAUUGUCUCAGCAUGCUGGUGGCUACAGAGAUUUGUCGGGUUGUAAAGAAAAAGCAGCGUACAAGAAUGGUGGAAUUUUUCAUUGAUGUGGCAAGAGAAUGCUUCAAUAUUGGAAACUUCAACUCCAUGAUGGCUAUUAUCUCUGGCAUGAAUUUGAGUCCUGUGGCACGGCUAAAGAAAACUUGGUCCAAGGUCAAAACAGCCAAAUUUGAUGUUUUAGAGCAUCACAUGGACCCAUCCAGCAACUUCUGUAAUUACCGUACAGCCCUGCAGGGAGCAGCACAGCGAUCUCAAACCGCCAACAGCAACCGAGAGAAAAUUGUCAUCCCAGUUUUCAACCUCUUUAUUAAGGAUAUCUACUUCCUACACAAAAUACACACAAACCGCUUGCCCAAUGGGCAGAUAAACUUCAAGAAAUUCUGGGAAAUUUCAAGACAGAUUCAUGAUUUCCUGACAUGGAAGCAGGUUGAGUGCCCUUUUGAAAAAGACAAGAAGAUCCAGAGCUAUCUACUCACAGCCCCCAUUUACAGUGAAGAAGCUCUGUUCAUUGCAUCCUUUGAAAGUGAAGGUCCAGAAAACCACAUGGAAAAAGACAGCUGGAAAACACUCAGGACAACUCUGCUUAAUAGAGCCUGAGAUUUUCGGAACUGAUCUGCACACUUUGAAGCACAGCGAGUGAACGUGUUUUUACAACCUGAAAGACUUGGACUGAGCUAAGAAAGACCUCACUGGCUGAGGUCUGUUUUGUAUAUACAGUAACUUUUAUGAAAUAAAACGUGGUAAAUAUUUCACAUGUCAACCUUAAGGCACUUAAGUGAAGGGUUUUGGGUUUUUAUUUUAAAUACAAGGGCAGGGCCCUGUUCUCAGAGACGAAAUGUAUCACGGGAGAUGGUACCCCUGGGGAGAUCUUAUUCUAUCAGCAUCCAAAUUUUUAUUUUUUAUUACUUCCGCCAAAAUUAAAACACACAUCCCAACUAAAGCCAGUGUUCAGGUUAAAUACUCCAUUGGACUGGUAUCCUACAGAACACUCAACCUGUCUCUCUAGCUUUGAAGUGAAGGGUCUCCUUCAAAUCAGUGAUACUGUUCACAUGUGUUAGUGUUUGCAGAGUCAAGGCCUUAGACAUCCGCAGUGAAUGUUUUCCUCUCCUCCAUCAGAAAAUAGUGCCUUACAAGGUACUGAUACUGUUUAGUGUACCUUCUAUUACGCUGGACUGGAAGUAAAGAAGAUAAAAUUAUGGAUGUCUUGAAACCAGCUACAAUGUACUUUUUACAUAAAACGGAGAAUAUGGCACAGGAAGUAGAGUAUACCUGCCUGUAACAUUGAUGGUGCAGCAAACCUAUUUUUGUUACACGAUUUAAAAGAUAAGAUGAGGUAACUGCUGGGGUAUGUGCGUUUGUGUGUGAGUAUGUGUGUGUGCAUGUGUGAAGAUGCACACGUCUUAAGUUUUAAUACUUCUAGGAACUAUCCUUUAAAUUCUGGCUGUCAGAAUAGUUUGUGUUCUCCUUGUUAAAAAUCAGGGAAUUUUUUUUUUCCAUUUUGUUUUAAGGAUGUCUAAUCUAGAUUAUCUCUGCAAAACAGGCUCAAUAUGUUUUCUCAAAAACAGGUUUUGAAAAAUAAAAAUUAUAUGUGAGCUAGGGAGAGGGAAGUGAACUCAAUGUAAAGUUAAGGCUAAAAUUUCAAAAGCAGCUUAAAAAGAGUUCAUCACUACUGAAAUGGUCAUUUAAUUCCCUCAUUUCCUUUCAAAAUGCACUUAAAUACAAUUACAGUGAAAAACAACUUAUUAGAUUUUUCUAGUAUUUUGCAAGACAAGAUUAACUGUCUGACCCAGAACCCAUUGAAAUCGAAGGGAAAACAUCAUAAGAUAUUGGUCAAACCUUUGAACUCAGGUCACUGUCAAAAUUAGAGGAAGAUGCACUGAUGCUUACCAUUUCCAAUUUCUCCUUUUUAGUCAUGAGUUUACACCUAAUUUGGCUACCCGAAGGAGCAUCUGAGAAACUUAUGUUAAGACUCAAGGUACUCGUUUCAGGAAAAAAUACAUAGUUCAGGACUUUUUCUUCUUUCUUAAUUCAGAGAUCAGGUGAGAAAGAAUAGGCUCAGAUGAUAAACUAUUUUGUCAAAUAAAUUAUUACCCAUCAGUAUCUGCUGUCCUUUCCAGUAAUUGUUGUCUCAAAGCCUGAAUAUUUGUGAAGAUAAUGACCUGAUCUAAAUAGUUAGACGGCCCUCUAGUGCUUACAGUAGUUACAGCCUUCAUCAUAGAGCCUCACAGAGGACCUCUGCACAAGCUUCUUUUAAUAUGAUCAACUCUAAGUAGAUCUUAUUUUAUCUCAUUCUGCCUUGUACUGAAGAAGGGGCAAGAUGUCCUUGACUGAGGGUCUGGUUCAAUCCAGCCCAGUAGACUCACUCUCCUUGCCGAGUGCCUACAAUCAAAAGCAGAGCUACUGUUUCAUGUAGCAUCUGCAAUCAGUAGUAAAAAAUUAUUUGCUGUAUUGGCCCUGCAGUACAGUGAAAAAUUAAAGAGCCUUCCCUCUUUCCCUGUUCCACCUGCCCCUUUGAAAGAUACUUAAAAUUAGAAGAGUAAGUUGGGGUAUGGAUAGAGAUAAAUGAACAUUUUGCUAUUCCCAUAGCAUUGACGUCAAAGAGAAACAAAAGCAAGUUAUGCCAUGAAGAAGGAAGAAGUAGAAUACUGUUAACAAGAACAGCCCAGAAAAAAGGGAAGGGACAAUUCUUAUGAUCUGCUGCUAUUUUUCCUGUGCUGAAGUACUGAUCUUCAGCCCUGGAUUAGAGUAAGAAUAUUUAUACUGUAUUAUUACAGUGUUUUGCACUUUCAGAGAUGUUCUAGCUAGCAACAUUGUUGGACACUAAAAGAGGGAUUGUAUAUCAGCUUUGUUUAUGUAAUUGAAAUUUAAAAGGGACGCUUAAAAUUUAAGAAAAAAAUAUAUAUUUGAAAUGCAAUUUUAGAACUUUCUGUAAAUGUAUUUAAAGAAAGCUUUCACAUGAAUGUGCACUUCACUGGUCAAUCAGUCCUAGUAUAUACUUGAAAUCAAUGCAGUAUCCACAUUGGUUCCAUUUUAUUUUUCCUCCCUCAGUUUGAUACGUUACUUCAAUACUGUGUUUUGCUAUUCUGAGCUGAAAUGCUAAAUAUAAAGCUGUACCAUAAAGCAGGAUAUUCUGUGUUUGACUGGAUGUGCUUGCAUUAAUAAAAAAGAAAAACACCAACUUGCUUCAACCAGACUUAACUUUU